CGAAUGCAACAUAUAAAUUGCUAAGAUGCCCACUGUCAAAGUCAACUCUCAACAUCAGCACGCUUUUUUACGUACAUGAUAUGCCGAACUUUUAAUGGAACAAAUAUUUCGCAAUGGAACCCUUUUCGUUUGGUAGUUCCGAAUCGCUAGACUAUCCGGUCAGCAUCCGCAUAAUUAAUCUAGAGGGAGAAGAGACACCUCACCUACAUUCAACUUUACUAAAAAGGCCCGAUCUCCGGCAUAUUGGCUCCAAUGUGAGCCCACAUUCCGAUCUAUAUGUUACCGUCCAAGUAUGGGCCGGCUCGAAACCCUUAACUGUCCCGGUACAGACUUCGUAUAAAGCAUUUCGCAACGAGAGGAGAUGGAAUGAAUGGCUUUCCAUACCGAUACCGUACAAAUCUCUCCCCAUCAACUCAUACCUGGCUAUCACGAUAUGGGAUUUGUCGCCUACAGGUGGAAAGCAAGCCCAGGGCCACGCUAUUCCUUUUGGCGGAACAACGCUUCCGCUUUUUGAUCAGGAUAAUCAUCUUCAGAAGGGCAGGCAGAAGUGUUUAGUCCACCGGCACAAACUAGCUGAUGGAAAUGAUAAUACGACUACCCCAUCGAGCAUCGCGACGAAAAAACCCAGCUCUAAGAAAGAUGAUAAUACCCUUGUGGAUAAGGAGGCCGAAGAGCUUGAACGGUUGGAGAAAUUAUUUAAGAAACAUGAGAUGAACGAAAUACCCAGAGUUGAAUGGCUUGAUCAGCUCGUAUACCGUGCAACCGAGAAGCGUGGCUUAAAAGCGGCUAAAAAGUCGACAAAGCCAUUCCAGCAACGAACAAUACCGAGUGCGGAUGAUGAGCAGAAUGGGCAGCAGGAUAAGUCUAAUAACCCCGAGACUGAAGAUCCGCCGAGACCUGGACCGUCAAAGUUCAUGUUGAAUAUUGAACUACCUCGCUUUGACUUCCCUGUCGUGUUUGCGGAUCACGAAUAUCCACCACCACCCAUCUCAUCUUUCCAGCAUCUUUCAGCUUCUCAGUCCAAUAUCGUCCUAAAACCUCCCCCAGAGGUAUCAUAUGGCCCUGGUAUUAAUGGACCGGGAAAUGAAAGAGAUGGUAUGAACGGUCGCCUGGUAAGAAUCUAUGACCCUGAAGUGGGAGCUAGGGACAACCCAGCAGAAAGCAAACAUAGACGCCUUGUCAGAAGUCAGCACCGCCACGGAAUUUUAGAUAAAGACUUGAGGCCUAACGCCAAGGUUCGAGAUGAGCUGAAUAUGAUCAUGUCGUACUCCCCGACCCAUGUUUUAUCACCGGAAGAGAAGGAUCUUGUGUGGAAAUUUCGUUACCACCUGACCAAGGACAAACGUGCCCUUACUAAGUUUGUCAAGUCUGUCAACUGGCAAGACCAAAGCGAAUCCAAACAAGCCAUCCAGGUGCUGGGAAAAUGGACUGAUAUUGACGUGGAUGAUGCUCUUGAGCUGCUUGGUCCUACCUUCGAUAACAGGGCCGUGAGAGCGUACGCAGUGGAAAGACUAAGGAAAGCAGAUGAUCAUGAGUUACUCCUCUACCUGCUGCAGUUAGUCCAGGCCCUGAAAUUCGAACAUAUUUCGGCCGACUCAAGUCAAGCUACUGUGCAGGCAUCUUCGCUCGCUAAUUUCUUGAUUUCGCGGGCUGUUCAGAACUUCACCCUCGGAAAUUAUUUCUAUUGGUAUCUUGGGGUUGAAUACGACGAUAAGAGUAAUGACCAAGGCGAGGAAGUUCGUACCAUGUACGCAAAAGUUCAGUACGACUUCAUGAAAGAAUUAGAGGAUCGUCCAGGUGGGCGUGAGACAAGGGUUACUAUCAGAAGACAAGCCGAGCUCGUCACUGUCUUGUCUAAGAUCUCAGCUGAGAUUCAGGCCUCGAAUGAAUCAGUGGCUCGCAAGGCUGAGAGGGUUAAGCAUUUCUUAGCAGAUGCCAAAAAUGAGGUCUUAUCUAUUGACCCGCCCAUCCCUAUGCCUCUGGACCCGUCAAUCAUAGUUGUUGGUGUGAUCCCUGAAGAGACAAGAGUCUUUAAGUCGUCUCUGUCGCCAAUCAUGGUAACAUUCAAGACAAUAUCGGGCAGCAAGUAUCCUAUUCUUUUCAAGACCGGUGACGACUUACGACAGGAUCAAUUAGUCAUCCAGAUUAUUACCCUUAUGGAUCAACUGCUUCAGAAAGAGAACCUGGACCUUAAGCUGACGCCCUACAAAAUCCUUGCAACCAGCACGACUGCUGGUGCCUCUCAAUUUAUACCUUCCCAGACGUUUGCGGCGAUAUCUUACAAAUACCGUAACAAUCCUGCUCUUGCUUACCUCAAGCAGCACAAUCCAGAUGAGCGGGCAUAUUUAGGGGUACGAAAGGAAACACUUGACACGUUUGUCAAAUCUUGCGCAGGAUAUUGCGUCAUCACGUAUAUCUUAGGAGUUGGUGAUCGUCAUCUGGACAAUCUUCUUUUAACUCCAGAUGGCCACUUCUUCCACGCUGAUUUCGGAUUUAUUCUUGGGCGAGACCCUAAGCCUUUCGCUCCAGCGGUGAAGCUUAGUAAGGAGAUGGCUGAUGCUAUGGGUGGCUCAAAUCCUCCGAGCGAGCAUUAUCUGCAAUUCAAGCAAUACUGCUUCCUCGCAUUCGCGGCUCUGCGAAAGUCAUCGAAUCUCAUCCUCAAUUUGUUCAGCCUUAUGGUACAUGCUAAUAUUCCGGACAUUAAGAUUGAACCGGAUAAAGCGGUUUUCAAGGUGAAGGAGCGGUUCCAUCUGGAACUGAACGAAGAGGAUGCGAUCAGGCAUUUAGAUGGGAUCAUGGAGGACAGCCUCAACGGUAUUAUGCCCGUCGUUAUUGAUCGACUACAUGAUUGGGUUCAGGCGUUCAGGCCUUAACGGCUAUCGAAUGAGAGGUUACGAAUGGUUUCUCGGUGUUUUUGCAUUGAUAUUAGAACUUUAGAACUUACCGCUUACCUUGGAAGUGCCUAAAUCGGUACAUGAUAGUUUUUAUGAGGGGAUCGACGGCGGCUUGGUGUUGAAGAUAUUACUACCCUCCACAAUACAUGAUACCCAGUGCGAAGACGCAUUCAAA